CCUGGUCCUCCCUCUCUCUUUUCCUCUCUCACAUCUCCUCCACACUCUGUGUGUGUGUGUGUUUGCGUGAGUGUGUGUGCGCGAGUGUCUCAGCUCUCCGCUCGCUCUCCUCCACACCCCACUGGUGUCACUGGGAGUAGGAGAGUGGGAUUGACUGGGCCUGGGACGGACGGACAGACAAACAGACGUUGGGCUGACCAGCCCUGCAGUCCGAGGGCAGGCUCGAUGGAGGGAGAUAAAGAGGGGAAGGAGAGAGAGGGGGAGGAGAAGGAGUGUGAUGAAGCUGAGCUGAGCUCUGAUCGGGCAGUAUCCAGGACAGCCUCCUCCCACUCCCCCCUGGGGUCCUCGCUGGAGGAUGUUUCCAGUCCCAUCAUGCACUGGGAGGCACUGGGGCGCCACAUUGAAGAGCUGGAGAGACAAGAGGAGCAGAGAGAGAGAGAGAGAGGAAGGAGAAGAGAGGAGAGAGAAGGGGAGGAGAGAGAGCGGGGGAAGAGAGGACCACAGCCUGGAGAGUUAAGAAGGGAGCCCGCCAGAUUGUCACACCGACAAAGUGUGAAAGCACGGUGGGAGGAGGAGGAGGAGGAGGGAGGAGAUGAAGAGAUCACCAAGCAUGUGAGCGAACUCACCUCCCGGCUCCAGAGUCGCAUGAAUUUGCAGCUUUGCUUCAUCAACAACAGUGAGAGUGAGGAGGAGGAGGAGGAGGAGAAGGAGAGAGGGAGGAAGGUAUGAGCUGAACGUUGAGAA